AUGCCUACAAACGAAGAACUAGAAAGUAUAUCUUGCCAAUUUUAUGAUAUAGCCCGUUUUCCAAAAGUAAUUGGGGCUAUCGACUGUACACAUAUAGCAAUUGUAUCACCAGGAGGUGAAACAGCGGAGUUGUACAGAAAUAGGAAAGGUGUUUUUUCCUACAAUGUUCAAACAAUAUGUGAUCCAAAUUUAAAAAUUAGAAACAUAGUUUGUCGUUGGCCUGGAGGAUCACACGAUAGUACAAUUUUCAACAAUAGCAAUGUUAAAGAAAUAUUUGAGCGUGGCCAGUAUGGGGACUAUGUUUUGUUAGGAGAUUCAGGGUAUCCAGCAGAACGUUACUUACUGACUCCUCUGAGAAACCCAGUAACCCCAGGAGAAAUAUUGUACAACAAAACCCAUAUCAAAACAAGAAAUACUGUAGAGCGCUCAUAUGGGGUAUGGAAACGUAGAUUUCCAUGCAUUGGCUCGAAGCUGAGACUAAAGCAAAACCGGAUCGAAGCUGUGGUUGUAGCCACAGCUGUGCUGCAUAAUAUAUGUAGGACCAGAAACGAUCCCGAGCCAGAUUUACCGGUCCAAAUAGAAAUAAGGAAUGAUGAGAGCAACGUCCCGAACUCUAUAGAUAACCGCAAUGGGCAAACUGUUAUCAGUAAUUUAAUUCACCACUAUUUUGACAGAUUAGCUGCAGAUUGAAGUGACAAGAUAACUGUGUGUAAUAUAUAUAGAUAUGUAUUUAAAAACCUAUUAUACCUA